UGUAGGUCAUAAAGUAACUCAUCCACGUAACUCUGACAUAUGUGAGAAUACUCUGAGCUCCUCAGAUUCAGUGGUGAAUAUACAGUUCAAGUGGAUUUCCUCUGAUUUUAUCACAAGAGCAGUGCAAGUCUGCAAAAACCUGUUAGAGGCUGCUACACAGAUGGUUAAUCUAGAACAAGUGAUUGACAGAAUAGUGAAAAUCUUUGAUGCUUUGCUGUAUGCACAAGUGAAAAUUCCACUGAGUGAUCAGAUUCUUGAUAAUUUAUGUGGAUUGCUGUCUCUGCCCUGGAUUUGCAGCCAUUCUGAUGAUUCUUCUCUAAAGGCAUCUGCUUUUGGGUUUGAUCCUCUAGUUUUGAGUCAAAUAACUGCACAGAGUUUCUCGCCGCGAACUGAGUCACACUGUGUGUUCCUUCUAUCUCUUUUCCCAAGAAACAUUCACCUGGAUUGGAGAAAAUCCAUUUAUCAUUGGGCAUUACAAAGUCCCCAUGAAGUAAUUCGGGCUACUUGUGUUAAAGGAUUCUCUCUCCUGCUUCAUCCUCCAAGUGUGCAGUCCUGCAGUGUGAUUCCCAACGCUCUUUUAAAUCAAAUCAAAGAUGAGUCUGAGCUAGUCAAGGAGGCUUGUGCUGCUAUUGUUGGGAAAUUAUCUUGCUGCCUUUCUGGUGCAUUCAGUGUCCAACCUUCCUCAGCAGAUUCUGCUAUUAAGCAUGUUACUGAUGGUAUUCUGUGUAGCAGCCUUACUGUGACUUCUGCUCAUGGAAACACUUGUGCUGUGCAAGCCUGUGUUUUCAGGCCAUUUCUUACUCUCCUUGAGAACAAAGGAUCCAGUUCAGUAAAGCUAGCAUUUAUAGAAAGUAUACCUCAGCUCUGCAAGCAUCUGGACUUCACCACUGAUGAGUCCAGUGUGAAGUUUCUUGUUGGGUCUUUAUUAAAUCUAAUGGAAGAUCCAGACAAAGAUGUAAGAGUGGCUUUCAGUGACUGCAUAAAGAACAUACUAGAAUCCUUAGACUCCGAAGAAGGAUUCAUAAAAGAGCUGUUUGUUUCAAGAAUGAAAGAAGCCUACACUAAUGCCAAAAUAUCAAGAAAUAAUGAGCUUAAAGACACCUUGAUUCUCACAACGGGAGAUAUUGGAAGGGCAUCCAAAGGAGAUUUGGUACCAUUUGCCCUCUUGCAUUUGUUGCACUGUUUGUUGUCCAAGUCGCCUUUCGUGGCUGGAGCAGCGUACACAGAAAUCCGGUCCCUGGCAGCAGCCAAGUCCAUAAAGCUGCAGGCUUUCUUCAGUCUGUACAAGAAGCCUAUCUGUCAGUUUCUAGUGGAAUCCCUGCAUUCCAGCCAGAUGGCAGUGCUGAGUGCCCCAUGCCAGGGCAAUGAGCUGCAGAAGCAAACAGCUGCUCACCAGAGAGAAAUGGCUCUGGACAUGUUAUCUGAGGUUGCCAAUGUGUUUGAUUUUCCAGAUCUAAAUCGCUUUCUUUCACGGACCUUGCAGGUUUUGCUUCCUGACCUUGCAGCCAAGGCUAGUCCUGCAGCCUCCACACUUAUUCGAACCAUAGCAAAACAACUGAAUGUAAACCGAAGAGAGAUUUUAAUCAAUAACUUCAAAUACAUCUUCUCUCACUUGGUCUGUUCCUGCUCCAAGGAUGAACUUGAGCGGGCACUUCAUUACCUCAAGAAUGAGACCGAGAUAGAACUGGGCAGCUUGCUGAGACAGGACUACCAGGGACUGCAUAACGAAUUGCUGCUGCGUAUAGGAGAGCACUAUCAGCAAGUCUUCAAUGGUUUGUCCAUUUUGGCUUCGUUUGCAUCUCAUGAUGAUCCUUAUCAGGGACCUAGAGAGAUAACAUCACCUGAACAAAUGGCUGAUUAUCUGCAACCAAAGUUGCUUGGUAUCUUGGCUUUUUUUAACAUGCAGUUGCUGAGUUCCAGUGUGGGCAUUGAGGAUAAAAAAAUGGCUUUAAACAGUCUCAGGUCUUUAAUGGAGCUCAUGGGUCCCAAACACAUCAGUUCAGUGAGAGUGAAGAUGAUGACUACGCUGAGAACAGCUCUAAGAUACAAGGAUGACUUUCCAGAGCUGUGUUGCAGAGCCUGGGAUUGUUUUGUUCGAAGUUUGGACCAUUCAUACCUUGGAUCCUUGCUUAGCCAUGUGAUAGUAGUGUUGCUGCCUCUUAUACAUAUCCAGCCAAAGGAAACUACAGCAAUAUUCCACUUCCUCAUAGUUGAGAACAGGGAUGCAGUACGAGACUUUCUACAUGAAAUAUAUUUUCUGCCUGACCUUCCUGAACUAAAAGAAAUUCAGGUUGUCCUCCAGGAAUACAGAAAGGAAUCCUCCAAAAGCACUGACUUGCAGAUGACACUGCAGCUGUCUAUGAGAGCUAUUCAGCAUGAGAACGUGGACGUUCGUAUUCACGCGCUUACCAACCUGAAAGAGACAUUGUAUAGAAAUCAGGAAAAAUUGAUCAAGUAUGUAACAGACAGUGAGACUGUGGAGCCAGUCAUCUCCCAGCUGGUAACUGUGCUUCUCAUCGGCUGCCAGGAUGCAAACCCUCAGGCUCGACUGCUUUGUGGAGAAUGUUUAGGUGAACUGGGAGCCAUAGAUCCUGGCAGGCUGGAUUUUUCAACAAGUGAAACUCAAGGAAAGCAUUUUACCUUUGUGGCUGGUGUGGAAGAUCCAAAUUUUGCCUAUGGAUUAUUAAUGGAACUGACCAGAGCAUUCCUUGCUUAUGCUGACAAUGUUCGUGCUCAGGAUUCUGCAGCAUAUGCGAUUCAGGAGUUGCUGUCUAUCUAUGACUGUAGAGAGACAGGCACUGACUGCCCAGGCUCCAGGCUUUGGAGGAGGUUUCCUGAGCAUGUGCAGGAGAUCUUGGAACCUCACCUAAACACACGGUACAAGAGCUACCAAAAGGCUGUAAAUUGGUCUAAGAUGAAGAAGCCAAUUUACUUAAGCAAAUUAGGUGAUAAUUUUGCAGAAUGGUCAGCAACUUGGGCAGGUUAUCUUAUAACAAAGGUGCGACAUGAUCUUGCUAGAAAAGUUUUUGAUUGCUGCAGUAUUAUGAUGAAAAAUGACUAUAAAGUGACAAUUUAUCUGCUUCCACACAUCCUUGUCUAUGUUUUGUUGGGAUGCAGUCAAGAGGAUCAGCAAGAGGUUUACGUGGAGAUCAUGGCUGUUCUGAAGCAUGAUGACCAGUGCAGCAGUGCAUCUGACCUAAGCCAGCUGAGCACACAGACUGUGUUCUCCAUGCUUGAUCACCUCACUCAGUGGGCUAGGCAUAAGUUUCAACUACUUAUUGCUGAGAAAAGUACAGGCAAAUCUAGCAAAGACAGGAAUGAUCUAAAAACAUCGAGUGCAGACUAUGGAGAAUAUCAAAAUGUGACACGUUUUCUGGACCUCAUACCUCAGGAUGCACUGGCUGUGGCUUCCUUCCGCUCGAAGGCUUACACAAGGGCCGUGAUGCACUUUGAAUCAUUCAUCACAGAGAAAAAACAAAAUAUUCAGGAACAUCUUGGAUUUCUUCAGAAACUGUAUGCUGCUAUGCACGAGCCAGAUGGAGUGGCUGGGGUGAGUGCCAUUCGAAAAGCAGAACCAUCUCUCAAAGAGCAGAUCCUUGAACAUGAGAGUAUUGGCUUGUUAAGAGAUGCAACAGCCUGCUACGAUAGGGCUAUCCAGCUGGAACCUGAUCAGAUUAUUCACUAUCACGGAGUAGUGAAGUCCAUGUUAGGCCUUGGUCAGUUAUCUACUGUAAUCACUCAGGUCAAUGGAGUCCUAGCAAACAGGUCUGAAUGGAUUUCUGAAUUGAACACUUACAGAGUGGAGGCAGCCUGGAAACUGUCACAGUGGGAUUUACUGGAAAAUUACUUGGCUUCAGAUGUAAAGUCCACUACUUGGAGUGUCAGACUGGGACAUUUACUGUUAUCAGCCAAGAAGAAAAAUGAAGCAGCUUUUUAUGAGACCCUCAAGAUUGUUCGAGCAGAACAGAUUGUUCCCCUUUCAGCAGCAAGCUUUGAAAGAGGAUCCUAUCAGCGAGGAUACGAACACAUUAUCAGGUUGCAUAUGCUGUGCGAGUUGGAACACAGUAUUGGGCCAAUGUUUCAGCAACCAGAUGGUGACCAGAGCAGAGAUUCCCUCAACUGGUGUGCUCGUAUUGAAAUGACCCAAAAUUCUUACAGAGCAAAAGAGCCCAUUUUAGCACUGAGAAGGGCUUUGCUUAGUCUCAGCAAAAGCCAGGAUUACAGUGAGCUGGUUGGCCAGUGCUGGCUCCAGAGUGCUAGAGUUGCAAGAAAAGCUGGUCAUCACCAGACUGCAUAUAAUGCUCUUCUGAACGCCGGCAAGUCCACGCUCGCAGAGCUUUACGUAGAGAGAGCCAAGUGGCUCUGGUCCAAGGGUGAGGUUCAUGAAGCACUCAUUGUUCUCCAGAAGGGGGUUGAGUUAUGCUUCCCUGAAAACAAAGCACCCUGCAACAGGAAAAAUCAGCUCAUCCACGGCCGGGCAAUGCUGCUAGUGGGCAGAUUUAUGGAAGAAACUGCUAACUUUGAAAGCAAUGCAGUUAUGAAAAAAUAUAAGGAUGUUACAAUUUUCUUGCCAGAAUGGGAAGAUGGACAUUUUUAUCUUGCAAAAUACUAUGAUAAAUUAAUGCCGAUGGUAACUGACAACAAGAUGGAAAAACAGGGAGAUCUGAUUAGAUACAUAGUUCAUCAUUUUGGGAGGUCUCUGCAGUAUGGAAACCAGUUCAUCUAUCAGUCAAUGCCAAGGAUGCUGUCUUUAUGGCUGGACUUUGGAGCAAAAGCUUAUGAUUGUGAUAAAGCUAGUCGUUCAGAACGUGUUCAAAUGAAAAAUGAUCUAGCUAAAAUAAAUAAGGUGAUUACAGAGCACACAAACCACUUGGCACCUUACCAGUUCCUGACAGCUUUUUCUCAGCUCAUCUCCCGUAUCUGCCAUUCCCACGAUGAAGUGUUCGCAGUUCUGAUGGUGAUUGUUGCUAAAGUGUUUUUAGCCUAUCCACAGCAAGCAAUGUGGAUGAUGACUGCUGUGUCCAAGUCCUCUUACCCUAUGCGUGUCAGUAGAUGUAAGGAAAUUCUGAACAGAGCUAUUCACAUGAAGGAAUCUUUGGGGAAGUUUAUUGGAGAUGCAACACGUCUCACAGACAAGCUGUUAGAGCUGUGCAACAAACCGGUUGAUGGGAACAGCUCAACACUAAGCAUGAAUAUUCAUUUCAGAACACUGAAAAGAUUAGUAGAAGAGCACACCUUUAGUGAAAUCCUCAUUCCCUUACAAUCAGUAAUGAUACCAACUCUGCCCUCCAUUCCUGGAACACAUGCUAACCAUGACCCUUUCCCUGGCUGCUGGGCCUACAUUGCAGGCUUUGAUGACACGGUGGAAAUUCUUGCCUCACUUCAAAAGCCAAAAAAAAUCACCUUGAAAGGUUCAGAUGGGAAAUCUUACAUUAUGAUGUGCAAGCCAAAAGAUGAUCUAAGAAAAGACUGUCGGCUCAUGGAAUUCAAUUCCCUCAUUAACAAGUGCCUCAGGAAAGACGCAGAGUCGCGGAGGCGAGAGCUGCACAUUCGAACCUACGCAGUGAUUCCACUGAAUGAUGAAUGUGGCAUAAUCGAGUGGGUGAACAAUACUGCUGGGCUGAGAAACAUCCUGAUAAAACUCUAUAAGGAGAAAGGUAAAGAAAUAUAUUAGCCUGCAGUAACAUUGCGCCAGCAUAUGCUCCCAAAGGCAGCACCUCUGUCUGAAAAGCUGAAAAUGUUCAAAGAAGUCCUUCUGCCUCGUCAUCCUCCUGUCUUUCAUGAAUGGUUUCUUAGAACAUUUCCAGAUCCUACUUCAUGGUACAACAGCAGGUCAGCCUACUGUCGUUCCGUGGCAGUUAUGUCCAUGGUGGGUUACAUACUUGGUCUAGGAGACCGUCAUGGGGAAAACAUCCUGUUUGACUCUCUCACUGGUGAAUGUGUGCAUGUGGAUUUCAACUGCCUUUUCAAUAAGGGAGAGACUUUUGAAGUUCCAGAAAUCGUUCCUUUUCGUCUCACUCACAACAUGAUUAAUGGAAUGGGUCCCAUGGGAACAGAGGGUCUCUUCCGAAGAGCUUGUGAAGUCACCAUGAGGCUGAUGCGUGCUCAGAGGGAGCCCCUAAUGAGUGUCUUAAAGACUUUUCUCCAUGAUCCUCUUGUGGAAUGGAGUAAACCUGUAAAAGGGAAUACAAAAGCCCAGGUGAAUGAAACUGGAGAAGUCGUCAAUGAAAAGGCCAAAACCCAUGUCCUUGAUAUCGAACAACGGCUGCAAGGUGUCAUUAAAACUAGAAACAGAAUAAAAGGAUUACCCUUAUCUAUUGAAGGGCAUGUUCAUUACCUGAUUCAAGAAGCCAGCGAUGACAACCUGCUCUGCCAGAUGUACAUGGGCUGGGCUCCUUAUAUGUGAAACUGGGUCAGCUUUGGAACAAUACCACUCACAAGUGGUGUCACUGUCAUAUUGGUGGGAAGGUAUGAAUCAGUGCUCACUGCUUACUUCUGUUGAUUUCUGACUGUAAGCAGCAGAACGGACUUAGGAUCAUCCAAAAUCUGUGUGAAAUA